ACGAGAUUUAUGUUGACAUCGUGAAGGUGAAGGUCGUUGUCGGAGGUUUUACAAAAACAGGAAGCACCGGUUAAUUAACUUUUGACGGCUACUCCUCACAGUUAUAGAUUUGAUUAGGUAAAGAAUAAGGAAUAAUAGAUUGGUGAAAUUCAAGAGACAAGUUUUGAGAGGGCAUUUCGUGGAACUAAAGAACACAUUACAAUCUUAUUAAAACAUAUAACAAGAUGUCAGAACAACCAGAGUUAUCGGAGUUUCCUAAUUUGAAGGGUGUAGUACCAGACAUAAGCUUAGAUGAUCUUGAUGAACUCCUUGGAAAGCUGACUGCUGAGGAAUUAGACGAAUUAAAUGGAGAUUUUGACCCCGAUAAUUCACUGUUACCCCCAUCAGAUAGAAUGAAGAACCAGACUGACAAAAGUGCUACUGGUCCCUUUAGCAGGCAGAAAUUACUCAAGUGGCUUGAGGAGAAGGCUAAAAAUGAAAAGGACUGGGAACUGAUUAAACCAUAUGUUGGAGAAAAAAGGGGAAAGGCAUUUACACCUAAGGCAGAACCAAAGAAAAAAAUGACUGACGAUGAGGCCAAAGAAGACACAGAAUGGGAUGACUUGCUAAAGGAAGCUUCAGAAGAGGAGUUAGUAGAUUUGGCAGCUGUCCUGGGUUUUCACAGUAUGUUAACACAACAACAGUAUUAUGCUUCAUUAGAAACAGAAGAAAUCUCAGGACAAUUUGGUGGAUUUAAAGGAGUAGCCAAAGCCCAGGAACUAAAACUGAUGCCAAAUGAACCAGAAAACAAAACAGAUGUCGUCCAGUCUUUACAGAAACUGAAAGAUAACGAUUCUAGUCUGAAACACCUUAAUCUUAAUAAUAUUAAGAAUAUAUCCCUAGAAAGAUUAUGUGAAUUUUGUGAGGCUCUGAAAACAAACACACAGCUAGAGACAUUAGAAAUGGCUAGUACUGCAGCUACAGAUAAAGUCGCAAAGACCUUAGCCAAAGCCUUAGAAGACAACAAAACAUUAAAGAAUCUAAAUAUAGAAUCUAAUUUUAUAUCUGGUGAAGCUAUACUGGAAAUAAUGAAGUCAAUCAAUAAAAAUAUGACAGUUAUAGAAUUCAGAAUUACUAAUCAGAAACCUGAAGUCCUAGGAAAUAAAGUAGAAAUGCAGCUAACUAAAUUAGUAGAAGAAAAUCCUACAAUUUUACGGUUUGGUAUUGCCUGUGAAUUUCCUGAUGCUAGGGUCAGAAUUCAUGAAAAAAUACAAGAAAAUAAUGAUGAAUUGAGGAAGAAAAGAGUUGGAAAGUCAUAGUGCCACGUGUUUAUAUACAAACUUUUAGUGUUUUUAUUAUUAAUGUACGUCCAAGUCUUAGGCUCAUGGUAUACAUCAUCAUCACAGCUAUGCCUAGGAAUGUCGUUGAACACACAAUUGCCUGCUAUCACUGUCUCUGCUAUAUGUAGACGUUCAUUUGAAUUAAGAAUAGUUGCAAUAUUUUUCCAUUAUUUUCCAGACCAUAAUGUAUUUAAAUGUUUGAUUUGUAUCCCAGCUUUGGAACUUGGCAUCUAGGGGAACUUAUUUCCAAAAAUGCAAAAUGAAAGACAACAAAACAGUGGCAGAUAAUUUAUUUUUUGUGAAAUUUUGGUAGAUGUUGAAAGUUUUAUAUGUAUUUAAGAUGUUUAGUAGUAAUGCUUAAGUUAUUGAGAAUAAGAUUUGUUAAUAGAGGGGGGGGCAGGACCUUUUUCAGGACAUCGGGAUCGGGGGAUUUCAGGAUUGAUCCUUUUGGGUUCCGUGAAUUCUUUAUUCAAAUUUCAGGAUGUCAGGAUUUUAGUUUCUUUAAAUUUGGGACCUUGGGAUUUCAUUUUUUUAAGCAUGGGAUUUCGGCAUCAUGACCCUUUAAGACAGUUAUGUAAGAUUUUCAUGUCAAAAUAAUCCUAUGUGUAAAUGGGAGCAACAUUAACAAGAUUAAUACAUUAUGGUCUAUAUAAACAUGUUCCAUUUUGUUUAGUUGCCAAUCAUUUUAUAUACUUCCAACAGUUUUGUAUAAUUUAGGCUGUGCUAAAGAUAUUAUAAAUCCACCUUACCUGCAGCAAAUAUACCUCACACAAAGACCAUUCUAACAUGAUAUGUUUCUUACGCACAAAUUUUUCAGUCCAAAAAAAGCAAGAUUAUUUCUUUGCAUUAUUUUACGUUAUAUUUGACAUUUAUGGAUAUGUUGAAGGCCGUACUUUAACCUAUAAUGGUUUACUUUUUAAAUUGUUAUUUGGAUGGAGAGUUGUCUCAUUGGCACUCACACCACAUCUUCCUAUAUCUAUGUUAGAUGAAAAACAUGUAUUGCCGAAAGAUUAUCACAUGUAAUAGCAUAAAUAAUUUUCUUGUUCUUAUGGAGUAUAGGAAUAUUCUGCAUCACAUAGGAAAAAUGAGAAAACAACAAUGAAAUAUUCCCUCCCUCCCUAACAAUAUAUUGUGCACAAGAAGCAAAUUACCCCUUAGAAAGUUGAAAUAUUUUUGUAUAAAUUAAUUUUGUUGGCAACAGAACUAACAGAACAGCUUAGAUCACGGCUAUGUAUACAAUUUUUUUUGUUUAUUUAUAUCUUUGUGUUAUGGGCAUCAAACUGAGUGUUAUACUGGUUAAUGUCAGAGAGUAAGAACAUUUUGAGUAUAAUACUGUGAAAUCAUUUAAUUUAUUAAGUGGAUACCAAUCUUCAUGGAUUUAGGAAAACUUAAAUUUUCAUGGAUAAUUAUAUCACAGGUUAUGCUAAGUUUUACAUGCACCCUAUAUAGAAUUUUUAAUUUGUUGAACUAUUACAAAUAAAUGGUUCACCUGUAUUUAAGCGUGGAGGCCUGAUGCGACAUCUGGCGCGAAGAGAAUUAAGGUUAAGGUCAAGGAAGGUAUUUAAGAAACACGGGGAGAUUUGAAUCCAACAUAUAAUAAUGAAUCCAGAGUAUAUGAAUGUAUUAUUUUGCAAUAAGCUUUUAAAUUAUGCAGCUGCUGAACUAUUAUUUUAUAUUGCAACAUUGCUGUUAUGGAAUAUUUAUAUUUAGUGAAUGUAACAUUAUGCAUACUAAUGUAUUGCUAUAGAUUUCAAAUUAUUCAUAUUAAGCAGAAUUGGAAAAUUGUCUCUGUGUUGUAUUUCAAUUUACCAUUUUAGAAUUUAAUGUUUUUCACUGUUUUUAACAACAAUCACUUGACCAAUAGUGUAUAAUUAUUUUAAAUUCUAUUAAAUAAUAAAUGCACACAAUAAUUUCUGAAUUUAAAGUGCAUGGUUAUUUUUUGUUAUUUAAUGGGCUAGAUAACAGUGUGAUAUCAUCAAGGUUGUAUAACAAUUAUUUAAUGUGAUGUUUCACAAGUGCUUGUUUUGGAAAAAAAAUGGUGGAAGGCACUUUAAUCAGUGUAGAUCAAGAUUAUUUUAAGGAGAGAUU